AGAACUUCAUUCGGCGCAUCGGCUCACUUGACUGCCACCCCACCUCCGAUUCACACGCCUGCCGCCUGCAUGCCCUGUGCAUCCGUCUGUUCUGCCCGUUGGAACCCAAGGUCCCAAGCAAGGAAUUCAACCUAGAACCCUUCCUUUCCGAGCGCCUUCCAGGGGGAUGGCUUCCCUGGGUCCCCACAUGGUCCGCGUCGCCCAACGAUCCGGGCCAAGUCAGCUCGGUAACCUGGACGCCAUUUCGUAAUUCUGUGACCAUGAUUUCCCGUACACGCUCCCACUGAAUCAUCCUGGGCUGUUCGAGUGGAACGCUGGCCAGCUCUCGUCUGCCUUGGGCCUUUUCAACAGUCUGUCCCACGCGGGCAAAGUCACUCUCGGCCACCGCUGGCUCUUACAUCCCGUGGAUCUCUCCACAGCCCAAAACUCCACUCGGGGUGAAAGGUUCUUUUGCUCUAGGUGGACACACAGCUACACGAACAAAGUGGUGCUAAUGCUGCAUGGAGGUGGAGAGCUAGCUCUGACCUUACACUAGUGGUGGCACCCGUCAACCAUUCUUUGCCUUGCCCUCGCCGAGCCGAUGGCGGUUGCACGACUAUCCAGCCAGGUCGCGCAGCUUUCGGCGUGUAAUACUUAGACCCAGGAUCUGCCCGUCCUACGAGCGGUUUUGUGUCCCGGAAUCAAGCUCUCUCGGACGACAACAAAAGACACCCUUUGCUGUUGCUCUCAACGCUUCUGAGCCUGGCCGCUGCCAACAUCACCCGCCCAGCAUAACCAGAGGUUCGAUCGACAAAGUCAUGGGCUUGUUCUCCAAGAAAGCUCCUGUCGAGGAGCAGGUUGCUGCCGAACCUACCGGAUCUUCCCAUUACGACGAGAAGACGACGGGCGAGCACCCCGGUGAUAGAUCAAGCGAUGACGAGCCAAUCUCAAAGGACCUCCAGGCCGGUGUCGCCAAGGUCGAGGCCAUGACAACCGUGUGGACAAAGCGUGAUCUUAUCAUUGCCUACACCCUCAUCUGGUUGUUCUAUGUUGUUACCUCUAUCCAGGAGGUUUCGAUGCGCGUCCUGUCACCCUUCGUCACCAGUUCUUUCGCCAUGCACUCGUUGACAGCCACGACUGGCGUCAUGUCCACCCUCAUUGCCGGCCUGAUCAAGUUGCCGCUUGCCAAGAUUCUCGACACAUGGGGCCGUCCUCAAGGUCUCGGUAUCAUGCUCAUCUGCUGGAUUCUCGGCUUUAUCAUGAUGGCUGCUUGCAAUGGCGUCGAGACUUAUGCUGCUGCGCAGGUCUUCUACUCAGUUGGAUCCCAGGGUAUCUCCUACUGCAUUACCAUUUUCAUCGCCGAUACCUCUACUCUGAAGAGCAGAGCUCUGAUGCUCUCGUUCGCCACGACGCCGUACAUCUUCAUUACCUGGGCAGCUGGCCCCAUCACCGACAGUAUCCUUCGAGAGGAUGGCAUUGGCUGGCGUUGGGGUCUCGGUAUGUGGGCUAUCGUUGCUCCGGUCGUCAUCGGACCUCUUGUUCUCCUUUUCCUAUGGAACCAGCAUAAGGCGAAGAAGAUGGGUGUCAUCGACAGCCGCGGUUCCAUCAAGAACAUCUCUGGCGCCAAGAUCCUCAAGUUCCUCAUCGAUGUCGAUGCCCUCGGCAUCCUCAUUCUCGCUGCCGGCAUGGCACUCUUCCUGCUGCCAUUCAACAUCUACUCCUACCAGUCGGAAGGUUGGCGCUCUCCCAUGAUCAUUGCCUUCAUUAUCGUCGGCUUCUUCUUGAUCAUCGGUUUCGUUGUCUACGAAAAGUUCUUCGCCCCCGUCACCUUCAUUCCCUUCUCUCUCUUGAUGGAUAGGACCGUCUUCUUCGGUGGCAUGAUGUUCGUCUUUGUCUUCUUCAACUCUGCUGUCUGGGGAUCCUUCUUUACUUCCAUGCUCAUGGUUGUCUGGAAUACAUCCACCUCUCAGACCACCUACAUCAGCAACAUUUACCGCACGGGCUCCUGCUUCUUUUCCAUUAUCAUCUCUUGGCUCAUCUACCGCACCGGACGCUUCAAGCCAUUCGCUCUGUUCUUCUGUAUUCCUUUGAUGAUGCUCGGCGUUGGUCUCAUGAUUCAUUUCCGCCAGCCUGACCAAUCUCUCGGCUACAUUAUCAUGACCCAGAUUUUCGUCGCAUUUGCUGGUGGACCCACUGUCAUCUGCGGAGAGAUGGCCAUGCUCAGUCCCUCCGAUCACGCCCACGUUGCCGUCAUCAUGGCCAUCCUGGAUCUCUUUGGUAGCAUCGGCUCUACCGUUGGUUACACCGUCGCCACUGCCAUUUGGACCGGUACUUUCAGAAAGAAUAUUGCAAAGUACACCCCUGCUGGCACUCCCGUCGACACCAUUUAUGGCGAUAUCUACCAGCAGCUUAGCUACGAGGUCGGCAGUCCCGAGCGCAUUGGCAUUCAGCGUGCCUACGGUGACUCGCAGCGCAUUAUGCUCAUCACGAGUAUUUGCCUCCUGGUCGGUGCUCUCGGUUCCGUCGCCAUGUGGCGCAACCUUAACGUCAAGAAGAUCAAGCAAGUGCGCGGAAACGUUGUUUGAAGAGUAGUUGAUGACGAUAAUACCCCACAUAGCCUUGCUCUAUGAUGUAAAAGCGACUUUUUCUUCAACUGGUCGAUCCACAGUUAGGAUCGUCAAUUUACCUGCUAUUCGUUGGUUCUAAUCUACAAGUUGUAUAAAAAGCCAUUUGAGAAACAUGGAUUAUAAAUAUGGAUUUCACAUUUGACUUUGACUUCAACAUGCCCUGAUCUUCAUUUUGAUGAAUUCAAGCAUACGAAGACCGCUCCUUACCGGGGCCAUGAUAUCCUCUGAACUAUGUUUCGUCCUCAACUAUCUUUAUGAAGGUCUUUUCUCAUCACGCCCUUCAAACUCUCCUCCGAGAUCUUGAUAUACUUAUCAGGCGAGACGCUAUCCUCGAAAGGAACUCUCAACCACUCAUCUGCCUGCGCAAUCUUGCCCGCCCUCAACUUGAGAUCAAUAACACCCGAAUACUCAAACGGCAACCCCGUCGCCUUUCGCCGUCCCAAGUCGUUGACGAAGAUCCCCUUGUUGACAGUCCGGAAGCUGCAGUACCCGUUGCCGUCAGCGUCCAUCUCGGCCCAGUAGACGGGGUACUGCUUGUCAAGGUAGACUUCAAAGUCCUUGUGCGCGCCGUUCCAGUGUUUGUGGUGGCGUUCGAGGAAGGCGUAGGGGACGUGGAUUUGGGCGCCGUGGUCUGUCAUGAAGGAGUCUGUUGUGAAGAGGGCUAGGAGGGGGGAUGGGUCGCGGGCGGCCCAGGCGUGGCAGUAGAUUGUGGGGAGGGACUCGAGGUCUUUGGGGGGCGUGGUGGCCAUUUUGAUGGGGUCUGGGGGUUUAAAGAGGUGUAGU